UCUCUCUCUCCCUCUCUCAUCUCAUAUAUGUGUGUGUGUGUAUAUAUAUACACACACACACACAUCGAUAUUACAGACACACGCCUUCGUUAUAUUUCCGUAUAUAAUUUCACAACAUCUGAUUGUAAGAAGGGUUUUAUAGCUUCCCCGGGAGUCAACCGUGGCUUUGUAUUCAAGCCGCAGAUAGCUCAAUUUCUUUAACUACAAAUAAAUGGUGAAGUCGCAGAUCUGUAGAUUCAGAGAGAAAGCUCGAUUUGUGUGACUACAAAUAAAUGAAAUCACAGAUCGGUGGCGACUGCGUCUCUCCACCGAUCACGGAGGCCUCAGGUGGGUGCAGGCAGCCAAGGGUCUCCCAGGCCUGGGUGGACUGUCCAAAGGCGCCUCCCUUGCCCUUGGCAGGCUGGUGACUGGGAGUCUGCUUUUCCUCUGGGAAGCCUGGGAGUGGUUUCCCCGCAGCAGGCCUUCACCUAGGCAAGACCCCGCGCCGCGCCAACCCAAUCUCAUUUGUACGCGACGGGGACGGGUUUGUCUUUGCGCCCAGGCCAGGGAUCACUCACUGACUGGGUGGGGAACAGAUGCAGCCGGUGAGAGAGGCAAGGGUGGAAACCUUGAGGAAGCAAUUCGCCAGCCACCCACCAAAUCUCUGGAAGGCGCUAUUCCCUGCCUAGAGCUGGCUUUACCUUCAUAAUUGAAUUUAAAUAUUGGUAUUUGGUAACAAGAAGCAGGGUGAACACGCUCUGCCAGUAGGUAGGAAGGAAGCUCAGGGACAGCAGUUGAAAAUAUCUAUCUAAAGAUAGCUCGGCUGAUUAGAAACCCGCCUACAUGUGCCUGCUUCAGGCUGAGGGUUAAUGAGUAUUUCUGUGAAAAUUAUCUCAUAUAACCUAGUGCAUUUGUGUCUUUUCAGUCAAAUAAGUAGAGAAACAAUGAAUUGAGAACACGCAGUUUAAGAAGCCUUAUUGAAAGCCUGAUUUUAUCCGACCUUUUCGUUUUAAAUCAGACCACACAGGGCAGGAGGGGAGAAAGAAGCCUGGAAACUAAAGAGAGGUUUCGGUGUCCGCAGGACUGGGCCCAGUUGGCUGACUUGGCCGAAGCCUUGCAAGCGGUAUCCGGAUCCUCCUUGGCCAGGGCGGAGGGGCAGUGUGUCCUGCCAGAACCUCCUGGACACGCGCCGGGCAAAACCGGGGCAGGGAUGAGCUGGUGGCGAGGGCGCCCAGCCCUCCCUUGGCGAAGUGCGUUCCUUCCCGCACUCCCCGAAAUCGCUCCCCGCUCGGGCUGUUGGACUGGGCAGGUUCUACUUUAAACACCAGCUCUGUCAGCCCCUCCAGCCGCUUGAGUCUAGACAGACGGCGGCGGCGGCGGGGGCCUUGGUCUUUUCUCUUUGCAUCUUGCUCUGUGUCACCCCAGGAACAAUUUAUUGGUCUAAAGCGGUGUAAUUCUGCCUCUUUGAUCUCCUAGCCUUCUUGUUUGUUUCAUCUUCCUUUAACUUUCUUAGGUUUUUAUUUCCUUCCAGAAGGCGAUGCGACAGGCAUUAUUUAGGUUUUUUCUUUUUGUCUUACUCUCUCUAUUCUCCAUCGGAGACACGAUAUCAUCUGAUCUGCCAUAAAGGCAUCUCCGGAUAUUGUCCCCCACCCCACACCCCUACCCCUGGACUUCCGUGGCACGGGAGGAGGCAGCCCAGGGCCCACCUGCCCCACCAGCCCCCACCUUCACUCCCAAGCCCGGGUGGUUCACUGCGCAGGGACUGGGGCUCCAUGGCGUCCCAGUCUGAACCCUCCCUCCACCUUUUGUAUUCCUGGGACCCCCUGAGAGGGUGCGGUAAACGGGGGCGGCCUGGACCCUCUGAAAGUGAUGGGAAGUGCUUUGUACACAAGGAACUCAACUCUAUAAUUUACAGGAGAAUUUCCGGGGCAAUUCCAUUGUGAGGUCGAGUUUAUGGUGUGUAAUGGAGCUGAGCAGUAAAAGGUGGCUGGGCUUCCAGAGCAGCCGGGCAGUUUAUGAGGCGUUUAGGGGAAGGGUUCUCCCCACUAUCCUCCUCUGAGCGGUGGGCGGCAGGGGCUUCAGCUGGUCCAACAUGGUGCAGGGGUCGGAGGCCUGGGAAGGCAGGAAUUGGGGGCCUGGAUGGGAGGGAGACCACCGUGCGCUCAGCUCCGUGUGAGCUGGUAUUUGGAUAGGUGAAGCCUCCACAGCUGGGUGGCAUUUAGGGGGUGGUCCCCCUAUUUGUUUUUGGUGUCUUCAAAAGAAAUGGAAGUCCACAGGGGGUUGCAGUCCCUAGACGCAAGAGCCCACUCUCCACUCUCGGCUCUAAAGCAUGUAUUGUUCCCAGGCACCCCACCUAGGAGAUGGAGGCCUAAGGGUGGCUGAGGUGAAGGCUACCAGAAACCUUCCACUGUUGGGAGUGCCUGGAAGGGUGCAGGCCUGAGAUUUCUCCAAGCUGGGGGAAACAGCCCUGGCUACCCACUCGCCAGAGGGGAACCAGAAGUUGUGACAAGGACAAAAGAAUCUUUAGACAUUUAUCGGACUGCUGGAGCCAGCCAGGUGCCCAGGAGCGAAGGCACAGAGCCUGCAACACUACAGCGUCCGGGAGGAGGGAGAGGAACCCCACGUUAAUAAAUCUGUUGGCAAAUGAGUCUCAUUAAUAGAUAAAUAUUUCACUGUUUCCUUUAGGGCGGAUAAACAGUGUGCCUCCGAUUAAGGAAAGGAAGCUGAGAGACGUUGACUUUAUUCGAACCACAUGGUUCCAGUUUGCGGUGGCAUUCUCGCUGCAGCUGCAAGCGACGCUGCGCUUUCCCCGUCUGGAUCCGAGUCUAAGUCCGGCGUGUCGCCCAUUGGACCUGGAUGAGAGAAGACUUGGGCAGAGUCGAUCUGCUCAUAGCUGAGUCCUGCCCACAAGGCCACCGAAGGGCAGGCUGUUGCGGGGAACAGAGAUCCUUCCAGGGGCUGGGCAAGCGGACAGGAGAGGGAUGGGGAGGAUCCCAAGCUGGGUCCAGGGCUCACUAGCAGGAAUGGGGGAGUUGCGCGAGGCCGGGGCCGCCCGGCGUCUGCAGACCCCAGUGCCGAGGUUGGCGGCCAGCUGGGCGCUCCCGCGGAGCCUCCGGGUCUUUUUCCGCCCGACGCGCCAGGCCCACCGGGCGCGGGCGGAUUCGUUGGCCGCAUAUUUGAGCCUCUUCCCCUUCCAUUCUAGGCGGCCGCGGGCCCAGCGGAGCGAGACCACCUGUGAGGGCUGCUGAGAUUGGCGGAGGCGGUCAUGUGGGCGGUCACGUGCUGCGUCGAGCUCAGUCCAAAAGAAAAUGGGGUUUGGUGUAAAUCUGGGGGUGUAAUGUUAUCAUAUAUCACGCUACCUCGUAAAACCGACACUGAAAGCUGCCGGACAACAAAUCACAGGUCAAAAUUAUGAGUUCUUCGUAUUAUGUGAACGCGCUUUUUAGUAAAUAUACGGCGGGGGCUUCUCUGUUCCAAAAUGCCGAGCCGACUUCUUGCUCCUUUGCGCCCAACUCACAGAGAAGCGGCUACGGGGCGGGCGCCGGCGCCUUCGCCUCGACCGUUCCGGGCUUAUACAAUGUCAACAGCCCCCUUUAUCAGAGCCCCUUUGCAUCCGGCUACGGUCUGGGCGCCGACGCCUACAGCAACCUGCCCUGCGCCUCCUACGACCAAAACAUCCCCGGGCUCUGCAGUGACCUCGCCAAAGGCGCCUGCGACAAGGCGGACGAGGGCGUGCUGCACGGCCCAGCCGAAGCCAAUUUCCGCAUCUACCCCUGGAUGCGGUCUUCAGGACCUGACAGGAAGCGGGGCCGCCAGACCUACACGCGCUACCAGACACUGGAGCUGGAGAAGGAGUUCCACUUCAACCGCUACCUGACACGGCGCCGCCGCAUCGAGAUCGCCAACGCGCUCUGCCUCACUGAGCGCCAGAUCAAGAUCUGGUUCCAGAACCGCCGCAUGAAGUGGAAAAAGGAAAACAAGCUCAUCAAUUCCACGCAGCCCAGCGGGGAGGACUCAGAGGCAAAGGCGGGCGAGUAGACGCCUGGGCAGGGACCAGGCCAGCGCUGCAACCUCCUUCGGCUUUGCCCCCUUGCCCUCGCCUGCUCCCCAACUUUUCUCCCCGCCUGCUCCCAUCAGGGGCUUCCGCAACUUCAGGGGAGCCAGGAGCUUUGCAAGCGUCUGUGCAUUUAUUUCUUAAAAAACAAAACAAAACAAAACCUCACACACAGCCAAUACCGGCGGUGGAGCGGGGCGCAUUGCACACACCCAGUCCCGCUCCACAAGGCUGCUCAAACCGGCUCCCGAGUUCUGGGGUGCGCCCUGAAUGCGUCCGGGGCUGCUGUGCUAGUGCCUCUGAGCUCCCCGACCUCGGAACGCUGAGCUGCUAGGGAGGAAAGAACCCUGGGCCGAGCCCCGUUUCGCGUCUGGGAGUCUGUGCCUAGGUCCCUCGCCAGUAGGUCCCGAAGGGCAUCAUCAAAUUAUCUCUGACCAGUGGAAAGAGGGGGUCUAAGUGCUGGAGCCCGGCCUUGUUGCGGCCUCCCAAGCGGCCUCCCAGAACAGGAAGCUCAAGGAACAAAGGGGGCCCCAACAGAGCCCAGUCUCUCGGUCCUGCGUGUGCAACCGUCAGUGGAAAAGAAGCAGCCUCAGCCGAGGCAAGCUAACCUGGGCGCGGGUGGAACAUUACAGCCCGGGGAGCCCCUGGGAUCCCUCAGGCCCCCGGCUCCGAAUUCUCGCUCCCUGCCUCCGAUAGCGCCCGCGUCGCCGCCACAGCAGCGUUCAGGACCCAAUGAGGGGCCCAGGGCCAUGGAAGCCGCCAGAGUCCUGGCUUCCAGACGUGCCAGGGGCGCCUGCAACGCGGGGCCUCCAGCGGGGAGACUCCACUUGCCUCUCAGCUAUAUUUGUGAUUUACUUGAGUCUUUCGGAGCCGUGGAAAAUAACUACAGAGAUACUACGCACUGCCACGAAAUGCUUCCAUUAUCGCCCUCAUUUUACUCCUGGAGGUCUAAGCAAGACCCCAGUAACCGGCCCCACGGAUCCCCAGACCCCAAGCAGCCUCUGUGGCUGCAGGGAGCCUGGGCUCACUCGCUGGGUUCAAGGAGAACCCUCCAACUUGGGGUCCGGCUGGCUCGAGGAAUCGGACCCUGUGGUGAAGAUUUUCCAGGCUGGAUACAUAAGCAAAUCAAAUAGCAAACUAAUGACACGAAAACCAUAUUCACACGAGAGAAAAAUCGACUACGGUUAUAAAAGUGUAUGGAAUUUGACCUCGCCUUGCAGAAACACUACACAAAAGCUAUCUUUAAUAGACGCCUGUCAUUUAAGAGCGGCAGGGACACUGUCCCUCAUGCGCUCGCAAAAACAGAGCCGUAACUGUAGCUGCUACUGCUGCGGGCAGGAUUUAUUUAUCCAGUUGGCUAAAUGGCUUUCCCCCUUCCCCGAAGGUGAUAUCUGUAUUUUCAAAAUUCAGAGCUGCUGGCAGGACGGGCAGAACCGACCCCAA